AGUUUUAUAUCUUCAUCUUUGACUUCAUGUACUUAGUGUGUGUAUUUAUGUACAGACAUACAUAGCCAAGUCAUGGUAAGACAAAUGGAAUACAGAGAUGGUAGACAGUAUUACAAAGUAUACAAAUACAUAUGUAUAUAAGUGUGUACAUGCGCAUGCGCACAGGGAGAAAAUACAAGUCAAAUCAAAACAUCAUGUUGCUUGUUAUUGUGGGAUCGUGCUGGCGGAAGGAUCUACUUUCCAGCUUUGUGGCAUCACUGCAGGAGAAUAACAAUCCGCGUUGGUUAGGUCCUCGUCCUUCGUGAGUGUGUGUAAGUGAGUGUGUACUUUGUGUUGCCACAACAAGUGUCCGUCAGUAAACAACAACAUGCGCGGCGUGUAAGGUCCGCCGCGGCGCACAUUGACGGCAACAGCAGACACCCGAAGCGAGGAAGGCGACACCAUCUUCCGCCGACAUGCCGGGAAUGAUGGAUAAAGGUUCGGAAUAUUUGGGCAAAGCUCGUUCUAACGGCACCAAGAGUCCGUCCAACGCCUCCAACGGACAUUUGACGGACGACAGCGGCAGUGACGACGACCACGAUGUUGGAAUGAGAGUCGGAGCAGAUUACCAAGCACACAUCCCCGACUUUGAUGCUGGAUGCAGCAAGUAUUGGGAGAAGGACAACGGGGGGAUGCUGGUGUGGUCGCCACAUCACAACAUCGAGGACACCAAGCUGGAUGAGUACAUGGCACUGGCCAAGGAGAAACAUGGAUACAACGUUGAACAGGCCCUGGGCAUGCUGUUCUGGCACAAACACAACAUCGAGAAGUCUUUAGCGGAUCUUCCCAACUUCACGCCGUUUCCUGACGAGUGGACGGUGGAGGACAAAGUUCUUUUUGAGCAGGCCUUCAGUUUCCACGGCAAGAGUUUCCACCGCAUCCAACAGAUGCUGCCAGACAAGUCCAUCUCCAGUCUGGUCAAGUACUACUACUCCUGGAAGAAGACCCGCUCCAGAACCAGUCUGAUGGACCGACAAGCUCGCAAGCUGGCCAGCAGAAGUAACCCGGGGGACAGUGAGGAGGAGAUGGAGGAGACUCAUGUCAUAGAAACCAACGACAGCGACUACGACCCCAACAAGGAAGCCAAGAAAGAGGUCAGUGGUUGCCAUGGUGAUCCUUCCUUCUGCUCAAAACGGCCUUCAUCUCCUCAGCCCAACCAGGCCGAGCCGUCCACGCCGGCGUCCAAGUUGGCUUUGGGUCGGCGGGAGCACCAGACGCUGCAGCAUCGCCACCAUCAGCGCUCCCGGUGCCGCCCUCCCAAAGGCAUGUACCUGACCCAGGACGACGUGGUGGCCGUGUCCUGUAGCGCCGCCGCCGCCAACGCCCUCCUGCGCCAGCUGGACAUGGAGCUGGUGUCCCUCAAGAGGCAGGUCCAGAACGCCAAGCAGAUGAACAGCGGACUCAAGCAGGUCUUGGAGGUCGGCAUCAACCACCUGCGCCUGCCUGAGUGCACUCAGAAGGUCAACGCUCGCUGGACCACUGAUGAGCAGCUACUGGCCGUGCAAGGAGUGCGCAAGUACGGCAAGGACUUCCAGGCCAUCGCCGACGUCAUCGGGAACAAGACGCUCGGACAGGUCAAGAAUUUCUUCGUCAACUACCGGCGGCGUUUCAACCUGGAGGAGGUGCUUCAGGAGUGGGAGGCGGAGCAAGGGACCAAUGGGGACGGUGCCGUCUCGGGGGAGGAGGGAAAGAACCUGUCUGCCACACCUUCAGGGAAGAGCACCGACGAGGAAGAUGAAGAGGCUCAAGUCAGCUCAGGUGCGUCACCUGGCUCAUCGUCCUCUCAGGCAGCGGUGGCAUCAAGCCCCGCCUCCGCCCUCCAUCAGCCCCCGCCCCUCCUGCGCCCCUCCCUGCCAGCCACGCCCUCUUUGCAUCGCCAGCCGCCGCCUCUUCAACAGCAAGCUCGCUUCCUGCAGCCCCGCCCCUCCCUGCAGCAGCCUCCGCCUCUCAUCCGUCCGACCAAUCCCCCGCCCCCACGUCUAAACCCCCGCCCUUCCGUGUCCACGCCCCUCGCCGCUAGUGCAGGGGCGACGAGUGCAAGCGGCGCUCAGCAGCCCGCCAUUGUGGCGGCCAACCAAUCAGACUCCUCCUCCCUCCACUGACCAACCAAUAAGACUCUUCCUCCCUCCACUGACCAACCAGGACCAGCUGGUCAACAACAGUCAAGACAAAUGUAGAUCAUGUACAGGAAGCUAUGUGCUGGGGUAGGCUCCAGCAUUCAUUUUUCUUUUUCUCUGUAUUCAUUCAAUCAAUCAUGUACAUCGUGAUCAAUAAGUUUGGUAUAGAAAUACAAACUGAUGAUUUACAUGCUAAUCAAUAAGUUUGUACGUGCUAAUCAAUAAGUUUGGUAUAGAAAUACAAACUGGGGAUUAAUGUGCUAAUCAAUAAGUUUGGUAUUGAAAUACAAAUUGAUGAUUUACGUGCUAAUCAAUAAGUUUGUUUUAGAAAUACAAAUUGAUGAUUUACAUGCUAAUCAAUAAGUUUAGUAUUGAAAUACAAACUGAUGAUUUACAUGCUAAUCAAUAAGUUUGAUACCACUAGCUGAAGGUUGAAGUGUUUAUUGAAAGGUUUGUGUUGUUAAAACAAGAACUUUAAG